AUGACAGAGGGUGACACAAAUCUCCCAACUAUCGAGAGAAAGCUGGGACUGCAGAUAUGGAGCAUAGAGAAUAUGAAGAUGGUUCCUCUACCUGAAAAAGCUUACGGGACGUUCUUUGAAGGGGACUGUUACAUAGUUCUGCACACCAAAAGGACCUCUCGUGGCUCCGCUGUGGAUUUGCAUUACUGGAUUGGCAAGGACUCAUCUCAGGAUGAGCAAGGCGCCGCGGCCAUGUACGUCACCCAGCUGGACAACGCCCUCGGGGGGAGCCCCGUGCAGCACCGGGAAGUGCAGGGACAUGAGUCCGAGACCUUCCAAAGCUAUUUCCGCAACGGCAUUAUCUACAAGAAGGGAGGAGUGGCUUCAGGAUUUAAGCACGUGGAGACCAAUAUGUACAACAUCAAGCGUCUUCUUCAUGUCAAGGGGAAGAAACACGUGUCAGCCACAGAGGUAGCGCUUUCCUGGGACAGUUUCAAUAAGGGUGAUGUUUUCUUGCUGGACCUUGGGAAAGUACUGAUUCAGUGGAAUGGACCCACCUGCAGCAUUGCUGAGAAAUCCAGGGGUCUCGCUCUGGCUCGCAGCAUCAGGGACAGUGAAAGAGGCGGCCGCGCUCAGAUCGGCAUCAUUGACAAUGAGAAAGACUCCCCGGACCUCAUGCAGAUCAUGAAGAUGGUGUUGGGUGAGAGGCGCGGGGAGCUCCGAGAUGCCAUCCCAGAUACAAAAGCAGAUGAGCUGCAGAAAGCCAACGUCCGGCUCUACCAUGUCUACGAGAAGGACAACGACCUGGUGGUACAGGAGAUAGCCACCCGGCCCCUGACGCAGGAUCUGCUCCAGCAUGAGGACUGCUACAUUUUAGACCAAGGUGGUUUUAAGAUCUACGUCUGGAGAGGAAAAACCUCCAGCCUGGAAGAGAAAAAAGCAGCCUUCACUCGAGCUGUGGGUUUUAUCCAAGCCAAAGGCUAUCCUUCAUCCACCAAUGUUGAAGUGAUCAACGAUGGAGCAGAGUCAGCCAUGUUUAAACAGCUCUUCCAGAGGUGGACAGAAAAGGAUGAAACGCAAGGGUUGGGCAAAGUCUACACCACUGGCAAAAUCGCCAAGGUGGAGCAGGUGAAGUUUGACACCACUCAGCUCCACGCCAGACCGGAGCUAGCUGCUGAGCAGAGGAUGGUGGAUGAUGCCUCCGGGGAGGUAGAGGUGUGGAGGAUUGAAGACUUGCAAAUGCAGCCGGUGAAUCCCAAGACUUAUGGGCAGUUCUACGGGGGUGAUUGCUACCUGGUCCUGUACACCUACCUGAGAUCAGGCAGGCCACACUACGUCCUCUACAUGUGGCAGGGCCGCCAUGCCUCUGUGGAUGAAAUCACUGCCUGUGCCCUCAAUGCCAUCGAGCUGGACAAGAAGCACGGGGACGAGGCAGUGCAGGUGCGCGUGACGAUGGGCAAGGAGCCCACGCACUUCCUGGCCAUCUUCAAGGGCAAGCUGAUCAUUUACGAGGGUGGCACGAGCCGGGCUCAGAAAACCAUGCCCGAGCCUACAAUCCGCCUCUUCCAGGUGAGGGGCACGGACGAGAUGAACACAAAGGCCACAGAGGUGCCAGCCCGUGCCUCCUCACUCAACUCCAAUGAUGUCUUCCUGCUGACGACCAGCCAACUCUGCUACCUGUGGUGCGGGAAGGGCUGCAGCGGAGAUGAGAGGGAGAUGGCAAAGAUGGUGGCUGACAUCGUCUCCAAACGGGACAAGCACACCAUUUUGGAGGGACAAGAGCCAGCAGAGUUCUGGGAAGCCCUAGGAGGCAAAGCACCUUACGCCAGUGAAAAGAGGUUUCAAGAGCAGGUCACACACUACCAGCCUCGCCUCUUCGAGUGCUCCAACCAGACGGGUCGAUUCAUCAUGACAGAGGUGGUGGGCUUCUGCCAGGAAGACUUGGAUGAAGAUGACGUCAUGCUGCUAGACACAUGGGAAGAGAUUUUCCUCUGGAUUGGCAAAGCCUCCAACACCUACGAGAGGAACGAGGCAAUUGCCUCAGCUAAGGAGUAUCUCAAGACCCAUCCAGCAGGGAGAGACUUGGCAACUCCAAUAAUACUGGUGAAGCAGGGCUACGAACCCCUCAACUUCACAGGAUGGUUCAACGCUUGGGACCCCUACAAGUGGAGUGAUGGCAAGUCCUAUGAGGAGAUGAAGAAUAGCUUAGGAGACAUGUCGGCUAUAUCGGAGAUCAAAGUGGACCUUAACAACAUCAGCCUGAACAAGAGAACCCUCAGCAUGACCAACUUGGCUGGUUCAAGUACGGCAAGUGCUUCCCCAGACUACAAAUCACACUUCAACCACAGUAACAGCAACAGCUACAGCAGCAACUACAACAGCAACAGCAGCUCUUCCCUGAUGCCCAACGGUGAAGGAUUUUACUCCCGAGAGGUGCUGAUGAAUAAGACGCUGGAUGAACUUCCAGAAGGCGUGGACCCCACUAAAAAAGAGUACUAUCUCUCUGAUGCCGAUUUCCAUGAUAUCUUUGGGAAGUCCAAGGAUGAGUUCUACCAGAUGCCUAAAUGGAAGCAGCAGAAUGAGAAGAAGCAAUGUGGACUCUUCUGAGACCGCAGGGACCAUCUGGCCUCCCGUGACUCUGGGACCAACCCUUGCUCUCUUAGGAGUGGCAGGGAAGAAGUACAGACAUUUGCUCAACGAACCCAACCCAACAUCUCAAUCAGGCCAAGCUCCAGUGCAGUUAUUCCAGUAGCCAACGUUCAGGGGAUGGUUCCUUUCUCUCUGAACCCAAGGAGGCAAAACCUUUUGCAGGAUGUUUUUGCCUCUUUUUUGACACUUUAUUGCUGAUAGCCAUGAAGACGAGUGUGUGUCACACAACCAUAUUGGAGCCUCUUCUUUCCUCUCCCUUUUGCAAAUCACCAUGUGCACAAGGUUGUGAUCUUCCUUCAUUUGUAGAAGUUUAAAAUUAGGCCAGAUGAAGGCCACUUGCAGCUGCUAUGUAAAUUCUGGGUGGGGAGAGGAGAGGGGAAGCCCUGGGAGGACAGAGGGGGAGCCUUGAGGUCAGGAAAAAGGUAAUGGAAUAGCCUGAUGUGUGAUGGGGUAGCCCAUGGGAUGAGACCAGUCAGUUCAGCCCUUUCUCACCUUGCAAAAAAAGCUUCUCACCAAAGAACAGCAAGAAUUGGUUGGAGACCAACACGCACAGCCCAGUGCAGGUAAAACAAGUGAGAACCUGGCUUGGGAAAAACCACUUAUUUGGAACAUAUUUAUUAACUGAUCUAUUUCAUGAGGAUGAUGAGAUUUAGGGCAACACACAGCUGUUGAUUCUGACUGCCAGACAAGAUGCUGUCUAUUUUUCUUUCAUUCAAACAGCAUCUCCAAACUCACCUGGCCUCCCUGAGCACAACAGGGUUCAGGUGAACGUAAGAGUUCACCUCCCUGCAGACCAGAGGCUUGGGGAAGCCAGAAGGGUUUUGGGUACGACCUGGGGCAGUGUCCCACUGAAGGUUUCAUCAGGGCUCCAUCCCUGUGAUGUCCAUGGGGCUGAGAGUGCCCGUUCCGCACUGUGAGCUCAGUCUGAUCGGGAUGGGGGGGGCAGGGGAAAAAUAUGAGUGGUCAGCAAUUAAGGGAUACAAUUGCAAAAUAAAGGAGGAAAGAUACAUGUUUAAAAACUCAGAAGAUGUGGUUUUGCAGCUUUACUCCAUUUCCAGCCUGAUCAGUGAUUUCAAAUAAACAGCCAGCAGCAGCA